AGUGGGCUGUAAAGUUGAUGUUUGCACUUGUUUUGAUAUUUGCGCCAAACAAGUGUCCGAAACUAUCUAGUUUUAGGAAACAAUGAUAUAAGAUGAACAUAUUUCGUACUUAAAAAGCCAAGGAUGUACGGUUAAAAAAUAAAAGCAGUCAUCAUGAGUAAAGUGAUUUUAAGUUUGUAUUUGUUAUAUUGUGCCCGUGUAUCAGCACAAAUGAUUGCGACUAACAACUUUACUUUAUACCCAGACUUGGACGACAAAGUAUUUACUACUUCUCUUAUAGGAGAAUAUGAUGCGGCGUCUCUGGGUGUUUGCUCAGCGAUCUGUGGUCAAAGUUGUGGCUGUUUCGGAUUUAACUCUCGGACCAAGAAAUGCCGUCUUCAUGACACGUGUUCUGAAAGUUCCAUUAUCGCUGUAGUCGAGGCGAAUUGGAGGUACUUCCUUGCCGCUGCCUUUACAGGUGGACAAUCAAAAGAUGAUAGUUUGGCAAUGGACUGUAAAGAGCUGUGUGAAAGAGGACAUACAAUAUCCGGUUCCUACUUAAUUCAUCCCUAUAAUAAUAAUGUGUCCCUGGAAGUUUACUGCGAUAUGGAAACUGCUGAUGGAGGUUGGACUGUGAUCCAAAGGCGAACAAACGGAGCAGUUAGUUUUAAUCAAGAUUGGGCUGCUUAUAAGAUUGGGUUUGGAACAGUACAAGAAUCUCACUGGAUCGGGAAUGAGGCCAUCCAUCAACUAACAAAAGGCAAUCACUCCUCCUUAUAUUUGUCUAUCACGCUUCAAAAUGGUACAACGAUGUAUGAAAUGUAUCAAAACUUCUCUGUGUCCGACGAGACAGAUAAGUUUCGUUUGUUCCUCGGGGGAGCAGCAACAGGAACUCUAGGAGACAGCAUGUUGAAUACUGGGUCCAGUACUAAGGACCUGUCUGGUAUGGCGUUCAGUACACGUGACCAGGACGGCGACUUAAGCGCGGGAAACUGCGCAGACUACAACAAAGGAGGGUGGUGGUAUAACAGUUGUCAUAACGCCUUCCUCAAUGGACCGUGGAACCCAGAUACGUGGAACAGACCGUGGUAUCCAACCAUCCGUAACGGCGCAAAUAUCGCGGAAACCAGAAUGAUGAUUAGACGACGUUAACAUUUCCCCAAGUGUAACACCUGGAACAGUCACUGGUAUCCAACGAUCCGUAACUGCUCAAAUAUCGCGUAAACGAAAAUGAUGAUAAGACGACGUUAACAUUUCCCAAGUCUAUAUGUUAUUAAGCACAAGGUGCGGCAGUGGUUUUUAGAGAAUUAUAGUACCCGUAAUUUCUUUUCAUUUUUAGCUCACCUGAGCCGAAGGCUCAAGUGAGCUUUUAUGAUCACAUUUUGUCCGGCGUCCGUCUGUCUGUCUGUCUGUCCGUCUGUCUGUAAACUUUUCACAUUUUCGACUUCUUCUCAAGAACCACUGGGCCAAUUUCAACCAAACUUGCCACAAUGUAUCCUUGGGUGAAGAAGAUUCAAGUUUGUUCAUAUGAAGGGCCACGCCCUCAUUCAAGGGGAGAUAAUUGGGAAUUAAUGAAAAUUUAGUGGCAUGUUUUAAAAAUCUGCUUCUUAAGAACCACUCUGCCAAUAAAGAUGAAACUUAUACGGAAACAUCCUCAGGUAGUGUAGAUUCAAAUUAGUUCAAAUCAUGACCCCCAGGGGUAGGGCGGGGCCACAAUGGCCGACCAAAGUUUUACAUAGAAAUAUGUAGGAAUAUUCUUUAAAAAUCUUCUUUUCAAGAAUAACAAAGCCAUAAUUGAUCAUAAUUAUAUGGAAGCAUCCUCAGGUAGUGUAGAUUCAAAUUUGUUCAAAUCAUGACCCCAGGGGGUAGGGCGGGGCCACAAUGGCCGACCAAAGAUUUACAUAGAAAUAUAUAGGAAUAUUCUUUAAAAAUCUUCUCAAGAAUAGCAAUGCCCUGAUUGGUCAUGGAACUACUUUUGGAUUUAAACUUUUCAAUA